AUGAAGGGGAACUCCAUGGAGAGUCAUAACCUAAGACAAAUAAGAAUUCAUACUGGAGAGAAACUCUAUGAAGGUGUCCAACAUUUUGAAGCCUUUGCGUAUCACAGUAGUCUCCUAACACAUAAAACAAGAGUUGAUGGAGAGAAAACCUAUGAGUGUAACCAAUGUGGUAAAGAUUUUGUGUCUCACAGUUCUCUUCAAAGUCAUCAAAGUGUACAUACUGGACGGAAAGGUUUUGAAUAUAACCAUUGUGAGAAGUGUUAUGAAUGUAGUCAAUGUUGCAAAUGCUUUACACAUCCAUAUGAUUUGUUUUAUCACAAAAAUUUACACACAGGAGAGAAACCCUAUGAGUGUCAUCAGUGUGGUAAAGCCUUUAUAGUUAAAAGUCAUCUUCAAAUACAUAGAAGAACACAUACUAGAGAGAAACCCUUUGAAUGUAACCAAUGUGGUAAAGCCUUUACACAAAGUAGUAGUCUUCUAACGCAUAAAAGAAUACAUACUGGAGAGAACCCUUUUCAAUAUAACCAAUGUGGUAAAGCCUUUUCAAGAAAUUGUCAUCUUCUAAGACAUAAAAGCACACACACUGGAGAGAAACAUUUCAAAUGUAACCAAUGUGAUAAAGCCUUUGCAAGAAACUGUCUUCUCCUAACUCAUAUAAGAAUACAUAGUAGAGAGAAACCUUUUGAAUGUAAGCAAUGUGGUAAAGCCUUUAAACAAAUUGGAAAUCCUCUAUCACAUAAAAGAGUACAUACUGGAGAGAAACCUUUUGAAUGUAACCAAUGUGGUAAAGCCUUUACACAAAAUAGGAGUCUUAUAAAACAUAAAAGAGUACACACUAGAGAGAAACCUUUUGAAUGUAAUCAAUGUGGUAAAGCCUUUGUGCAAAAUAGUAGUCUUGUAAUACAUAAAAGAAUACAUACUGGAGAGAAACCUUUUGAAUGUAACCAAUGUGGUAAAGCCUUUGCACAAAAUAGUAGUCUUCUAUCACAUAAAAGAGUACAUACUGGAGAGAAACCUUUUGAAUGUAACCAAUGUGGUAAAGCCUUUACACAAAGUAGUAAUCUUCUCAGACAUAAAAGAAUACAUACUGGAGAGAAACCUUUUGAAUGUAACCAGUGUGGUAAAGCCUUUGUGCGAAAUAGUAGUCUUGUAAUACAUAAAAGAAUACAUACGGGAGAGAAACCUUUUGAUUGUAACCAGUGUGGUAAAGCCUUUGUGCAAAAUAGUAAUCUUGUAUCACAUAAAAGAGUACAUACUGGAGAGAAACCUUUUGAAUGUAACCAGUGUGGUAAAGCCUUUGCACAAAAUAGCAAUCUUCUAAAACAUAAAAAAAUACAUCCUGGAGAGAAACCUUUUAAAUGUAACCAAUGUGAUUAAGCCUUUACAAAUAUGGGUAAUCUUCUAACACAUAAAAGAAUACAUACUGGAGAGAAACAUUUUGAAUGUAACCAGUGUGGUAAAGUCUGCACAUAA